GUUUCAAAAGUCGGCGCGCUCAUCUUUUCAAGCGACGAGUUCAAGUGCACACACACUAACACACACAUACAUAUACAUAGGCGCUAUGUGUCUGUUGUGCGUGUAAUGAACGAGCGAAUUAAUUAAAAGAUAAUCAAAACAAAUUAACAACACAUAUAAUUUUGCAAAGCGCCCACGCUCACGCAAAGCAUUCCACAUUGCAUUAUUUAAAAGCGUCGAGCGAAUUUAAACGAUUUUACACAAUUUUCGGGCGUUAUGAUCAAGUGCAAUGUGUCGGCAAUCAAACAAAUAAGUAGAAACCCUUGAGUGACUGUGAAUUACAAAUAAACUGUGAAUUACAUUUAGUUGGCUUUAUGUUAAAGCUUUCGAGUAGCGUCAACGCGUGCCCUAAAUCAGUCACAACAACAACAACUACAGCAGCAACGACGAGUAGCAGCAGCAGCAGCAGCAACAACGGCAUGACAGUCACUGGCCUGCGAACCACAAUGACCAGUCCGACGGUGCCGCCAGCGCAAGCCGCAAUGACUACGUCGUUGAGUGGCAGUAGCAGCAACAAUAGCAGCAGCGGCAACAACAAUAACAACAACAGCUUGACCAGCAUCACGGGCAGUAACAGUGGCGGUGGCGCCGGUGUAAGUCCACCCGCAACACUGGUGAUUUCGCCAAAUGGCUCGCUCCAUCAGCUGGGCAGUCCCACAUCACCGUCGGCCUUGUUGCUGGCGCACCAGCAACAUUUGCUCGCCCAGCAACAGCAGCUGCAACAACAACUGGCCGCUGCCCAUCCUGCCGCCGCUCAUUUGACAGCCAGUCAGCAGCAUCAGCAUCAUCAUCAACACACCCAACACCACCUGCAUAAAACGACCUCCCGUCUGAGCAAUUUCAGUGUAGCUUCCUUGCUGGCGGACACGCGACCACGUACGCCCACAGAAGCACCCACGAAUUUGAGCUCCUCCGCGGCAACGUCGCCAGUGUCGCAAGGCUCAGCAGCAGGUACACCUCCGCCAUCUAUGACGCCUUUAUCUCAGAGCACGGCGGCUCAUCCGGGAACGCAUCCAGCAUUCCAUCCCGCUACCGUUGCACAUCAUGCACAUCUAUUGCAUGCUGCUCAUGCGGCAGCGGCGGCCCAUGCCCAACACCAACAACAACAGGCGGCCAUGGCAGCAGCCGCUGCAGCAGCCGCAGCAGCGGGCAGUCCUCCAGUAGCCCAUUUACCUGUUCAUCUGCGCACCCAUGUUCCCAACUCUCCACCUGCCUCAACCAAUUCCACACCAAGCACAACGCCAGCAGCCAGUGCAGCGGUAACGAGUGGAACGCCCGCCCAGAUCUCCUCCUCGGGUAGUUCCUCCUCCGCUAAUACACCCGCCAAAAACGAACGCCAUUCUCCCAUGGGCAGCCAAUCGGACUCGGAGUUGGAGUACGAUGAGGAUAUGCUGCACGAGCAUGAUGUGGAGCACGAUGAGGAAGAAGAUUCCAUUGUUGAUAUUGAGGACAUGAAUGCAGAUGAUUCGCCACGCUCUACACCCGAUGGUCUGGAUAGCAAUAAAUCGCUUGAGGGCAGUCAAUGUGGCAGUGCCGCCUCUCAGAUGCCUUCAACUAUGCUCUCCCCUGCAGCUUUGGCCGCCUCCGGUCAUGUGCCCAUUCGCCCAACACCAUUUAGUGCUUUGGCAGCUGCUGCGGUAGCUUGGGGUGGCAUGGGUGGAGGUGUUCCAUGGCCAGGCGCUCGUCAGAUGCCACCUUUCGGGCCACCGGGUUUGUUUCCAGGCCAAGGAUUCGGUGGAGGCGAUGCCAACGAGCCGCCCCGCAUUAAGUGUAAUUUGCGCAAGCAUAAGCCAAAUCGCAAGCCACGCACUCCCUUCACCACACAGCAGCUAUUGUCGCUUGAGAAAAAAUUUCGGGAGAAGCAAUAUCUGAGCAUCGCCGAACGCGCUGAAUUCUCUUCAUCGCUGCGUUUGACAGAGACGCAGGUGAAGAUCUGGUUCCAAAAUCGACGUGCCAAAGCAAAGCGCCUGCAGGAGGCGGAAAUCGAGAAGAUCAAGAUGGCGGCAUUGGGUCGGGGGGCGCCAGGAGCACAGUGGGCUAUGGCCGGCUACUUCCAUCCCAGUCUGAUGCAUUUGGGAUAAGUGGCGGCCAAGUUGGUGUGCAGCAGUCAGCGACACAUCAGCAACACAAACAACUGUAACCAAAAAAAUGAGCCACGGCAGAUGAAAAAUGUCGCCAACAGAGACGCUCACGCUCACGCCCCCGUUACUGCCUCCCCCACCACAACCACCACUACCACCACCUCCACCUCCAUCGUGGUCGUCAAGCGAAUUUCGUAAAUUGGCGCCCCGUUGUGCAUAACCCAAAAUUUUGCUGUGAUGUUAGAGCAUUUUAUUUUACGAUACUUCAUAACGUUGUUAAAAGUCGAAUGCACUCUGUAAAUAAUGUAAGAAUAGAGAGAAUAAAUUUGAGGGGAGAUUUCAAUUGUUUUAAUACGUUUAGAACUUUGGCAUUCUUGCCGAAUUCCGUGUAAAUACUUAAUGCGAACAGAGAGAGAAAGAAAAGUUUCCUAAAUGUACAUAAAACUAAAAAGUAAAAUAUUUAAGUGCUUGGAAAAGAUUUUAAAGACAGUUUUAUUUCGUAACAGCAAUUUACAAAUUAACAUAGGAAUAAUUUAUUUGCAAAACUCAAGUCAACAAACCAACAACAAAAUUCAUACUGUGUAAGCCUCUAAUUGAUAUUAAAUGUACGAGUAUGUAUUGUAUUGUAUUUGCGAUGUAACUUUGACUAAAAAAGCGUAUUUAAAAAUAUUUUUAAGUACCCUAAAAUAAAAAUCUAUAACUAUGCCGUUAACUAGACAUUAAUAUAAAUACACAGUACGCAGCCCUAUAUAAAAAUAUAAACAUAUAUCUAGCGCAUACUACUACCAUAUAGCGUUAAUCCUCUGUAGUUUUUUAAGUUGAAA